ACGACGACGACGACGACGACGAAGACGAAGAAGAAGAAGAAGAAGAAGAAGAAGAAGAAGCAGGUCGGCUAUGGCGGCCGCUCAUCGUCUUAUAUGGACCUCCGGGCAAAUGGUUGAGGUGUCAGGAGGAGCAAUAGCAUGUAGCUUGAGUGCAUUGUGUGCGAGAGGCGGAGUCUCCUCUCUUUCUAUGACCAGGGCAAACCACGUGGAAUGUGACCUGGAACGAAUCCACGUGGAAGCACCACCUGCGCACACGUCACCCGAUAUUGUUUCCCCGGCAUCGAGUCAUCUGCGAGACAGUCACGCGGGCAGAAGCACGCCACGUGGACAUCUGCUUCUCUCUCAUCUCGCCGCCGCCACCGACAAUCCAUCCCAGUUAGGAGGGCAAGCUCAGCUGACGUGUAGUCGCGUCCACCACGCGGCUGCCACGUCAGCUCCUCCUCCUCCUCCUCCUUCUCUCACUCCUACUCGAACCACUACUCUCCCAUCGACUUCGCCCUCUCUUCCUCCUGCUCGCCGCGUAAAUCCUAUGUCUUUUUCGGCGUUUCCGAUGGCAAUUACGUCUUCGCGUGAUGUCACGUGUCAAGGAUAUGGCGGUGACCCGAUGAACAGGAGCCGUGCCACGUGGCGUGCUUGGGCGGCGGCGGCGCGUGGUCCCAUGUCAUCUCCCCGACGCGAUCUCCGGUCUUUGACGCUGUCGCCGGCCGAUCGACGACGACUGUCCACGAGUCGCCACGUGGAGGAGGAGCAGAGGGUCGAUCAGGCGAUGGCGGCGGCCAGAGAGGAGAUCGACGACAUCAAUCAGAAGUUCGCGGAGGCAAGAGAGGAAAUCGAGCUCGCUCUGGAGUCUAAGGACACCAUCUACUUCAACGAGGAAGCCGAAUCAGCAAGAAAGGCAUGUAAUGAAGCCAUUAGUGCCUACCAAGGGCUGCUUUCCAGGUUGGGAGAAAACGCUAGAGGGGCACUGCAGAGAUCCAUGGGCCUUAAGAUGGAGCAGCUGAAGGCAGAACUAGAGCAGCUCAAAGAGUCCGAUCAUUGAUCCUCCAGAGUUCAUACCUUUCUUUUUUUAUCAUUUUUUUUUCUAUUUUUUUCCCCUCGCAAAUCUCCGGUGGUAAUGCUAGGUAGGUAGGGGUGCUGUACGUUUUUUUUUUGCAUCGUUGAGCCCAUUGGUUAGGUGUCCACCGCGUAGCGAACGGAAAGUAGCGUGCUCGAUUCCUGGCUCGGCAGUGUGGAUCUGUGCUCCACCUUACUGGACUGAUGAUCCAUCAGAGAGACACUUUUUCUUUUUUGUGUUUGAUCGUUGUGAUCCUUUCAAGGAGAGAGAGACUGUUUUUAGAAUCAUUGAGCCAUCGGGAAAUGUAAAUUUCGGUCAUUGACCUGUCGAAAAUGUGAAGAUUUGAUGGCUUCCGAAUUCCAAAUUCAUUGGUCAAUCAACAGAGUUUUCUUCCAUGAUUCCAUCCAUCCACGGAUUGAUAGGAGAGUACGUAUGCCCGAUUAAUGGGAAGCAUUGUCAAUUCACUGUGGCGGCUUUGGAUUGAUUAAUCAUGACAGAUAGUAUAACGGUAAUACUGUAAUGUAAUCUGAAACGGAAGAGGAUAACGGAAGACCGAAGGGCGAUGAUUUGACGGUGACAGGGAGAGGGGGGGAGGAUUGUGAGAUUAGGUAAUGCGGCUUCAGCCCUCCGCUGUCGAAUUGUAUCUGAACACCUUCACAUCCCGGUACAAGGAGGUCAGAAAUCUGGCGUUGUGGCAUUCCACGUGGACUCUGGCAGGUGUGGUGGCAAUUCUUUUGCAAAUUGCCAAGGCUGCGGCUGCAUCUCUCUCCCGUCUCGUCGUCCACUACCCGUCCUUCAUAUUCUCCUCUGCCCACCUUCUGAACGUACAAGCGUGUCCCCAUUCCGAAUGAAAAUGGAGGUCGUCAUUUGAAAUCAGAUCUCCUUUUCACGGAGCUGAGAGUUUCCACAGAGAGAGAGAGAGAGAGAGAGAGAGAGAGAGAGAGAGAGAGAGAGAGAGAGAGAGAGAGAGAGAGAUCAGAGGAGACUGCAGUGAACAGUGUGUGAGCGCAUGCCUCUGCGCGCGCGCGCGCCACAGAGACAGAGACACACACACACCUGUCUCNAGAGAGAGAGAGAGAGAGAGAGAGAGAGAGAGAGAGAGAGAGAGAGAGAGAGAGAGUGGUUGGUAGGUUAUGGGUCGGUAAUGUGGUAGUAAGGAUAACGGGAAGAUAGGUUAGGUAUUUGCAAAUCGAUCGAUGCAUAGAGUCAAAAAUUGCGCUACGAUACAUUUACAAGGAAGAAGGGAAGGUAGUCGAGCUGGAUUGAGCGCAGACAGCCUUCCUCUUUUUCUGUUUCUGUUUUUGUAGUUCUGGGAAAAUCUGGCGUGUCCCUCUCGUUCCAGAUUGGAGUGCGGGGGAAAGGACACGGCGACAUGACGCUGUACUUUUUUUUGUUUUUUGUUUUUUUUUUGUUUCUGGUUGGUUCUUUCUGAAUAACAGAAGUUAAUCUAGGUGUCCAUGAUGUCGUUGGAUAAUCUGCUUCGAGCGACGAUCGUAUGAUGAUCUGUCCAGGGAAUGAUUGAUGACGUGGCUGCGUUUGAUUAGUUGUGGAUGACGUGUCUGUGUUUGAAUAGUCAAUGACGCGGCUGCGUUUGAUUAGUCGAAGACCUACCUGUGUUUAACUAGUCGAUGACGUGGCUGUGUUUGAUUGGUCGAUGACGUGCCUGUGUUUGAUUAGUCGAUGACGUGGCUGUAUUUAAUUAGUCGAUGACGUGGCUGUGUGUCUGAUUGGUCGAUGACGUGGCUGUGUUUGAUUGGUCAAGUAAUUGAUUAAUGUAAUAGGUGAUUGAUGUUGAUGGGUGAGUUGAUUAGCUCUGAUUGAGUGGAUGGUUGGUUGGGGAUGUGAUGAAGUGGAAGAACGGUAUCCUGGUUUUCGUUAUUUAUGGAGAGCAUGCGUAAGCUUGUC